AUAGUCCUUACGCAGGGCUGCGAUUGAAGGAUUCUCAUACAUAGCCCUAGAUCGCUGAGCUAGCAAUGAUUGACAGACGAUCGGUCCCAGAAAAAUCAGGCACAGAUAUCGAUUUCCAGCACGCCAUCUGACUGUCUAUGUACUGGACUCAAAGUGGACUGUUACACGCCGAAAGGGGUAUCAUCCUCCCCAGGUCCACGAACUAAGCAAUACUCGAAACGAAAUCAUGACAAUUAGAAUACCCUCCAAGAAUGCCGCUCGGCGGGUUAUUUCAUCAUUGUCAGAGCGUGAUUUGUCUAAUCACUUGCCAUUGAAGUGGCCUUCUCUCAAUGACAUCGAUUUUCGAUUCCAGAAAGCCUCGGCCUAUGACGCUUUCCUUACGAAAACCAAUAUAAAUGUGACACACUCUCAGACAUAAAAGGCAUAAUCAUAGAAUAUUUCACGAGCAUCUCGUCUCCAUCUAAGCUUCCACGGAUACCCAUGUCUUUCUCAAUGAUCCAAGCCCCUCUAUCGCCUCCCCUUGGGCAUAUGCUCACUCUACCCUUCUCCCAGGUCCGGAGUCCACCCAAGCCAACGCAGGCGACAAGAGAAUACGAGCAAGCCUCGUCUCUAAAAACGAGCGACAGCAAGCAAACGCAUUGCCUGCCCAGUAGCCAUGAGUCGAUGCAGAAAGAACAGUCUGACUCUAGGUCCGUCGCCGACCUGGUAGCUGCGCGGGCUCGGUGCCAACGUGCAUGUCGCCGUUUCAAUAAUGCGGGCGAAGUCUCUCGACGGCAAAUGCUGGAGCUCUGGAAAGACAUCCUGAACGACCAGACCUCUCUCCCUCCACCUCAAGAGGACCCCCUGGACGAUGACAUCCAGCUAGAACAUUACCCUUGGAUUGAACCUCCAUUUCGAACCGACUAUGGACACAAUUUGAAAGUGGGCGAGGGCGCCUUUAUCAACUUCGAUGCAGUCAUCAUUGACACCAGUCCAAUAACCAUCGGGGCGCGCACGUUGAUUGGCCCUCGGGCCAGUCUGUACAGCGGCACGCAUCCGUUAGACCCAGUUGAGCGGAAUGGCUUCAAGGGUCCUCAGAUCGGAAAAGAAAUCCACAUUGGAGAGGACUGCUGGCUAGCAGGCAACGUGACGGUAUUGCCUGGAGUGACUAUAGGGAAGGGGUCAGUUAUUGGAGCUGGCAGUGUGGUCAACAAGGUGAGUUCUUGCAGGGAUUAAUGAGAUUGAAGAGGCCGAACAAUGCUGACGCAAGCUGAUCGUAGGAUGUGCCUGCUUUUCACUUGGCUGUCGGCAAUCCAGCGAGAGUAAUUCGCAAAAUUGAGACCGCCAUGAGCGAGUGAACCUGCUUCACAUUGUGAUUGUUUCCAGACUGUAAAUUGUUAUUAG